GUGACGUGUCGGUGGUUUCCGGCAGCGCGCGGGGCUGUCAAGAGAAUCAGGUGAGGCGGAAGUGAAGAGAAGAGAGGGCUUCGCGCAGCUCACCUGUCCGCAGGUACACAAGCAGAGCGAAGAGAAAAGGAAGAAAAGAAGUGAAAGAAACAAAAUGAGUAACCCCAUCCCGUCCAACCUCAAGUCGGAGGCGAAGAAAGCCGCCAAGAUCCUGAGAGAGUUCACUGAAAUCUCCAACAGGAACGGACCCGACAAACUCAUCCCCGCUCAUGUGAUAGCGAAGGCGGAGGGUCUGGCCAUCAUCUCCGUCAUCAAGGCCGGCUUCAUGAUCACCGCCAGAGGAGGCAGCGGCAUCGUCAUCGCCAGACUGGCCGACAGACGCUGGUCGGCGCCGUCUGCCAUCGGCAUCGCUGGUCUGGGAGGAGGCUUCGAGAUCGGGGUGGAGGUGUCUGACCUGGUGAUCAUCCUGAACCAGCGGAGGGCCGUCGAGGCGUUCACGAAGGGCGGCAACCUGACGCUGGGCGGGAACUGCACCGUCGCCGUGGGACCCGUGGGCAGGAACGUGGAGGCUGACGUGGCUCUCCGCAGCACAGCGGCGGUCUUCACCUACUGUAGAUCCAGAGGUUUGUUUGCUGGUAUUUCUCUGGAGGGAUCCGGACUGAUCGAACGCAAAGAAACCAACCGCAAGUUCUACUCCCAAGACAUCCGUGCAUCGGCCAUCUUGAACGGCGACGUGGAGCCGCCGUCAGCGUGCUACGACCUCUACCACAUCCUGGAAACCUACACUGAGGCCUACACUGCCGACUGGACCAGCAAGAACCUGCGUCCAAAGUUGUCUCUUCGUCCAUCCAGACCUCCUGCUCCACCUCAGCAGAGACCGGCAACCAGCUACCAGCAGCCAGCGGCCAACACUGGUGCGGGUACAGGAAGUCAUAACGCCCUCUACCCGAGCAUCUCUGUAUAUAAAUCUGAGACCUCAGGUCAGUUCGCCUCCAGAAACUCUCAAAGCUACGGUGGAGGGUCGUCAGUGGGCGGGGCCAGCGGGCAGCUGGUCGUCACGGCAACCCACCCGUUCACGGGGCAGCAGCCCGGCGAUCUGAGCUUCGUCCCCGGCGACCGCAUCACCGUCAUCACCAGCACCGACUCCCAGUACGACUGGUGGGAGGGACAGCUGGGCGACGGGCGAGUCGGGAUCUUCCCCGCCAACUUCGUCACGUACUGACUGCUGCCCCGCGGUGGUCUGGAGGAGGAACUGCAGCUACGCGACAUUUUCUACGGGAAGCGGGAGGGGUCGAGUCAAAUACUUUAAGGUUUGGGUAGCAUUUUAGAGCUGCAAUGAUCAGUCGAUUAAUUGAUUAGUCAAUUGAAAGAAAAUUAAUCUAACAAUUUUGAGCGUCGAUUAAUCAUUUAAGUAAUUUUUUCAAGCUAAAACACCAAACAUUUGAUGUUUUUAGGUUCUCCAAUGUGGGAAUUUGCCGGUUUUCUUGGUGUGAUAUUAUAGCAGAAAGUCACAUGAUGACGUUACGUUGCGAUCUGGGAUACUUUGAUGGAUAUUUCUCACUGUUUUCUGAUGUUUUAUAGACAAAAUUAAUCGAUUAAUCAAGAGCAGAUUAGUCGAUUAAUGAAAAUAAUCAUUAGUUGCAGCCCCACUUUAUUUUACAGCGCUGUAAUUUCCUACUAAUUUUUCUUUAAAGAACUAUAUAAACUUUAGGCAUUUCGUUAAAAAAACUCAAUUUAAACAAAACUAAAUAUUAAUUUAUUAUUAUUUUUUCUUCCAUAUGUGUUGAAUUUUAUGCCUAUAGACAAAAUUCACUUUUUUUAUAUGUUCAACUGACCUGCUAGCUUUUAAUUAAAAUUGACUAAUUAAAAAUGUCCCUUUUGUUCUUUACAGGAAACUUCUUGGAAAUAAUCACAAAUUUACAGAAUUAAAACGUUACCACGUUUGUUUUUUCAUGACCAUGAAAAAACAAUCAUAAAUAAUGUCUAAGUAAAAACUUUAUAACAUUUACAUCAGAAUUGUUUUAUAUUUAUUUUAAAAAGUAAAAAAAUCAUUUUUUUUUUUUUUUUAAAAAGCCACAAAAAUGUAUUUUCCACAUUAAUAGUCCAAACUUUUAUUUCACACUCGAGCUGCCAACAAAUUAAGUUAAAAUAUUAAACUUGAUCUGGUUCAAAAACAAUUAAAAUGAAGAAAUAUUAAUAAUUUUGGGCACAUCUGUUAAAACUGUUCAGUGUUGAGUUCAGGGAGCGUCGGACAUCUCAACGCCCACCGACACCGUGGCACUUUGUUCAGACGGUGAUUUUUGUUUGUUCGUUAUGUGUUUGUGUUUAUUUAACUGGUUAUUGUGGAGGUGAUGGUCGGGUAACUGCAGUCUUUCACCCAAAAUAUCUUUCCUUUCACUAAAUACUUUAAAAUAAAAGCACUUUUCAAAUUGGAUGAAGGUUAUUUUCUAAAUUGAAUUUUAGAAGCAAAACUUUCAGGUAAAGAUUUUGUCACUUCUCUUCACUGCGUUCGUAUCAAACAGUAUUUAAAAGCUUCACUUCUGGGAUCUGUUACUGUCUGCACCUUUAAAGAUGUCUCCUCAGCAGUAAACGGGACGUAGGUGGCGUAAAGUAUUUUUGGACACUUGUAUCUGUUUAUAGUUUAUAUAUAAUGAUGAUGAUGAUUGUUUAAGAUGACAGCAGGUGUAUUCUGUCACUUUAAUUAAAAUAAUCAGGGUGUUUUGGGAAUUGUUUUUACACAUCAGAGAUUGUUUAAGGAUCAUAAAUAAAUCUAAAAACUUUGCUUGUA